AUGGCAUUUCGACGAUUCCCCCCGACUUGCGUUUUGGAGGUGGAGCGGAAAUUUCGCUCGUUUGCAGUCUCCAAACUGACCCGAUGCGGUGGGAUUCCUCAUUUCAAAAGCCUACAGGAACUUCCAGUGCAGACAAUUCGCGACUCUUACUACGACAAGUCGAGUCUCCUCUCGUCGGCUGGAGCCUGGAUCCGGAAAAGAGACGGGCAGUGGGAAGCCAAAAUUAAAAAGGGCGGAUCUUUUACCAAUUCGAGAUUCGAAGAGCUCAACAACGUUGACGAUAUAUCGGCGUACAUCAAACGCACCACUGCCAUCGACGAUCCCGCAGCACGAAACUUUGGUCUUGAUCCCAUUGCCAUCUUUUCCACUACGCGCGAAUCGUGGAUAGCCGACGACGAGUUCCAUAUUGUGCUCGAUACCAUGGACUUUGGUCACCAAGUUGGGGAGGUCGAGCUGCAAAAGUCCUUGGCUGGCGAAUCCACUGAGCAGCAGAAGCAAGAUGAAAUGCGGGUGAUGGAUGAGAGGGUGGCGGCCUUUAUGAAGACGUAUGCAUGGGCGUUUUCUGAAGGCCAGCCAAAGGGCAAGUUGACGGCAUAUUUUGAGCGUCAGCGGAGAAAUUCUGCAUGA